CUCCGCCGCCGCCGUGCUGCCAGGCGCGGCGCUGCCCGGCUCGGCACGGCACGGCACGGCCCGGCACGGCCCCGCCGAGCCCCCCGCGCAGCACCACACCGCGGGCCCCGCCAUGGACGGGGGCGCCUUCGGAGCGGGGAAAGCCGGCGGCGCCUUCGACCUGCAGGCCUUCCUCCGGCAGCCGCACACGCUGCUGCGGCUGCUCUCCUGGGUGUUCUCCAUCGUGGUGUUUGGCUCCAUUGUCAAUGAAGGGUAUGUGAACCGCCUGGACGAAUCAGAGGAGCACUGCAUUUUCAACCGCAACCGCAACGCCUGCAACUAUGGCAUUACCGUGGGUGUCCUCGCCUUCCUCAGCUGCCUUCUCUACCUGGCUCUGGAUGCCUACUUCCCACAGAUCAGCAGCGUCAAGGACCGCAAGAAGGCAGUGCUCUCAGACAUCGGUGUCUCAGCUUUUUGGGCAUUCCUCUGGUUUGUUGGCUUCUGCUUUUUGACUAACCAGUGGCAAGCUUCAAAAGAAGAGGAUAACCCGCUGAAUGAGGGAGGAGAUGCAGCCCGAGCAGCCAUCACAUUCUCGUUCUUCUCCAUCUUCACCUGGGUGGGCCAGGCAUUCCUGGCAUAUCAGCGCUUCCGGCUGGGCGCCGACUCGGCCCUCUUCUCCCAGGACUACAUGGACCCCAGCCAGGACUCCGGCAUGCCUUACGCUCCCUACACGAAUGAGGAGGAUGCGACGGACGCGGUGGGGACGUACCAGCAGCCCCCUGCAGCAGAUGCUUUUGACACCGAGACACAGGGGUACCAAACGCAGAACUACUGAGCUGCCGAUGCCCCUUCCCCAUCCCCUUCCCCUUCCGCUCCCUUUCCCACUGCCGGCAGCGAGCCAAGGCACGAGCCAGACACGUGCAUAGUGGCACAGGAGGUGGCUCUCAGCUAUGCUCCAGCCUUCUGGGUCAUCUGUUUUUAUUUAUUGUUUUUAACAAAAAGAAAAAGCGCUCCCCAUUGCCUCUUCCCUCUCCUCCCCCCAGAACUACCCGGCACCAAAUUGUUCCAAAAUCUGGCACGGAGGGAGGUCUCCCCUUUCCCCCUCUCCCCCUUCCUUGGAAGAGAGAAGGAGAGGGGCUACAGCAGAGGUGAAGGGAAGAGGUGAGAGGGAGUGGGAUGUUCAUAGGCGAGGUGGUGCUGCUCCAUGCUGCAGGAGCAUCUGAAUUGGCUCAGGGAAGGGAGGGUGGAAGGGGCAGGCUGAGCUGGCAUGCAGGCGUGCAAGGGUGGAGGGAGGGAUGGGGAGAGAGAAUGCUCUUCACUGUGAGUCAGGGGAUGCUUUGUUUUGAGAGGUUUUGGUGAGACAGAAUGGGAUGGGAAGGAGAAAUAUUUGCGGGUACAAUCAAAAUCCAGAGCUUUUCAUAGGUUUUGCUGUAGAUGAAAGCAAGAGGGCUUGAGAGAGCAGAGCAGGGAGGCAGUGCCACGAGGGCCACUCCUUCUCCAUGCAGAGGUGUUUUCACUGCUUGGGUGCUGUCGCAUCCCCCUCCCUUCCUCUGGCCGGAUCGUGCACAUGGGAAAAGAGCAGGAACUCCAAAAAGAGAUGCAGCUGUUGUGUCCAGACAUCGCAUCAGGGUGCACCAAGCCGUGGAGAGUCCAAAGGUGGUCUUCACCUCCCACUCAGAUGGGAAGGUCAGCAAGGACGGGAGGAUUCCCUCCAUUUCCACCCUCCAAUUGUUUGGGACCACAGUGGGCUCUCUGAACACUGGUCCUGCUGUACUUUUAGUUAACUUAGUGCUCCUUCUGCAGCAUCUGACAUGUCUUUAAAGUCUCACCUAGAUGGCAGUAGUGAAUCUCAGAUAGAGCUCGUAUUGACAUUACUUCACACUUCUCACAAUUUUGCUUCAAGACUCAGCUCUGGAAGCACAGUAUUUAUUCCAGGAUAGAAUUAAUGUCUGUGCCUACAAGUAAGGAAGUGAGUGGUAGCCAGCUGGACAGCUUCAGCACAGACAUCUUUCAGAGGACAAGCAGUGGGGUAUGUCUUGAGGAGCUAUGUCCCCUGGGCAGUCGCCAUGAUCCAUGCGGCAUUGGCCCAAGGAGCAGAGAUCAGGAACAGAUCCAGCAUCCACUGGUGCUUCCCCCAAGCAUUCAGCCCAUUCCCUGUAGCAUCCUUUAGAGCUACAAGGACAGGAUGCAGGUCUGGCUGUGCAAACACCUCAUCUGGAGGACGCAGUCCUCUUUCAUCCAGGUCACCAGUCCUCCUCCUCCUAGCACUACCCCUCUCCAGCUGCCCCGCAUCAGUGGAGAAGGAGUAAACAACGUAGAGUUGCAGGCCCCAAGGGAGAAGGAGGGACAGCUCUCCAUUGCACAUUUUCUAUGUGCUCCACGCGUCCCUUUCUCUGUGGCUGUGAGAGAAAGCAAUACUGUACAUAGGAGGGGUAUUUUUCAGAGGGAAGCCCCUCAGGCUUUUUUUUGCGAUGGGAUCAGCCUAAUAUUUAGGCUUGGGAGGGGGUUACUUUAUUGAGAGAUUCAAUGUGGGAGGAGCUCCUUCCAAUCCAUCUCCCCACAGGGGGGGAGGAAGGAAAGAAUGGUGAGGUGGAGGAGGAGAAAAACUAGUUGUACUUACCCAGAAUCAUCUGUGUCAUCCUUCAUGCUUUCAUUUUGGAUGUGUGGGGGGGUACCAAGAGGAGGAGGCUAUAAAUAACCAGCACUCAGCAUGAAGAUGUGUUGGACUGUUGGGAAUUGCCCAUCACCUGUCCCAUGUAAUUGGGGUGAGGGAGCAGGCACGUGAGAAGUGCAGGCCAUACAUGUGGGGGGAUCUACCUGGGGUCUCUUUGAUGGUGUAGUGUGGGACAAUCAUCUAUGCCCCUUCCCCCAUCAGAACUGCAUAGAUGGCUAAACAUCAUGUGGGGGUGACUCAUGACAGAGGUUUUCUUUAUCCCCUUUUGCUUGCUUCCCUCAUGUAACCAGCUGGUGGGCUUCAGUGGCUUUGAGGUGGGACAACCCUCCUCCUCAGCCAACCCUUCAGUGGGACAUGAGCCAGGUAUCUUCAUCCUGGACUAGUGUCCGUUUUUGUCUCCUUCCUUGCUUUGUGUCAUGGCAAAGGCACUGGUAUGGCAGGGGACACUGACAGUAGACGAAUGGGCAACUUCUUGCCUUUGCAUAUGGGAGAAAGUGUACUCCCACUCUCCCACUCUCCUUGGGUUGACUUCCAUUGACCCUUUGCAAGGGGGGGUUGCUGGUGACAGACCUGAGGGUGGGACUCAUCUGGUUAGCACACAGCCCUUGAAAAUGCAGCUUCAGUGGCAUAUGGCUGGCUUUGAGGAGAUGGACCUACACAAGGGGUUGGUUAUCGUAUCUUGGGAACUUCUGAUAAAGGGCUGCCAGUGGUCAUAUGAAGGCCUGGGCACCUAGCUGGAACAUGUCCCUUUUAGAUCCUAAACGAGUGUGAGAUCAGUCCCACUCUAGGGAUUAGGAGAUCAGAGGGAAGGCUGCAUAAGCAAAACGAUAAGAAGGCUUUCUUCCCCGCCGUGCCAUUUGUCCGGAUUACAGAGGAUUACACAUCCCCUGUUGGGAGCAACGGCCCCUUGAUGUCUUCUUAUCUUGCCAAGUCCCCAAGUGAGGUACUUUUAUGAUAGCAGGGACUGUGAAGGUGAAAGGGGUAAUGAAACCUUGCCCCACCUCUACCUGGUAGCUUCAGCCUCCUGACGUGCCCCCCAUCCCUGGCUCACCUACGUCCCCACCACCCUGUUCAUCUCCUCAUUACACACCCGUCCCCUCCGCAUUAGUCCUGGCAGUCCCCUCAGGACAGGAGGGCAGUGUGUCUCCACACAUUCAGGAGCACUCAGGAGGACCCAGGAAGGCAGUGUAGUGGGACAGCCUCCAUGCGAGCGUUGGCUCUGGCCUCCAGAGCAGGUUGAAGGCAGGGAGCCCAGUGAGGCCACCUCACACAGCAAGACCAAACCAUCCGUCCAGACACCUCCCUGCUGCCCCCGUGGCAUCCGUCACACCGUCUGGGCUGCCCUGCCCCUUCCCCUGCCGCAUUACUGCCUGUGUAUAGUAUAUAUUAUAUAUAUAUAUAUUUUAAAAGAUGUAUAAUAUAAAGCUAUACAUAUAAACGUAUAUACGAUGACUCACGGAUGGCCUGCCGCAUACAGGAUCCCCUGAGUGGUCUUGUCUAAGCCUGAGUGUACCUUCACCCCUCCUCCCCUCGUCCCCAUCCGUCCUCAAAUCCAACUACAGCAAACCCCGCCACCUCGGCACAUGUGUUUACAAUAUCCUAUAUAUUUGUGGUUAACAAAGUGAAGGUGGUAACUACUGGUGUCUCAAUAAAGUUACAACAUUCAAAAUAA